AUGUCCGAAUCUUCGUCACCAUCACGAACAAAGGUCGCUUUGACGGUGUUGUUCCAUUCGAGCUGCGCUGUUUCGGUGACUUUGAUCUCAAAGUCUGCUCUCAAUGGCAUCGAGGCGCCUGUUACUCUGCUUGCAUUGCAGACAUUCGUCCAAGUGGUGCUUCUGACCGCUGUUGGAAAACCACUUGGAUGGAUCAAAUUCAGUCGUCCUCUUUCCGCCUGGAAAGGGCUGAUACCUUUGAUGCUCGCACGUCUGGUCGGAAUCCUCGCAAAGACAUUCUGCUUGGCUAGCGUCGAUGCCUCCCUAUACCAAAUCGCACGAGGUCUACUCCUACCAUUCACCCUGCUCCUAUCGCACUUUUUUCUGCACCCACCGCCAUACAACCCACCUCUUUCUCUCUUCGGAUGCGGCAUGAUCAUGAUGGGCUUCGCUACCGGCAUGAUCACCGACUUGGGUGCCAUGCUCACCAGUAUCAAGGGCUUGCUACUGGGAGUCGGAUCCAGUUUCACCACUGCCGUCGAGAGUGUAGUUGUCAAGCGCUUCCUCACAAAAGGCGACGAAGGAAUGUGGCAGAUGGUGUGGAUGACCAACUGCAUGGCUCUAGCCUGCUACUUCCCCCUGUUCAUCAUUUCUGGCGAGUACACUGUAUUCUCUGGCCUUUACAACAGUGCUAUGGAUCUGGAUGUCGCCAAUGUUGUCGCGGCCACCGAAGCUUCAGGCCAACUUCACGCUUUCUUGUACACCGCUGCCGCUACCGGUGCCGCCAGUUUCCUCCUUACUCUGGCUACCUUCCUGCAGAUCUCGGUCACUAGUCCUACAACACACAUGAUUGUUACAGCCGCACGCGGUGUCGCUCAAAGCGGCCUUGCUGUGCUGAUCCUCCGCGAAGCCGUCACCAUGGGCAGAGUCUGGGCUAUGGUCUGCAUCUUGGGUGGUAGUGGCGUGUAUGCCUGGGGCAAGGACAGAGUCAAGCAACGCGCUGAAAAAGCCGACGAAAGGGGCAUAUACGAGAAGUUGGACGAGAUGGAGGCCAGAGAGUCAGAGGAAGAUGUGGAACUGCGGAAGAUGGAAAGAUAA